CUCGAGCAUUUCAUUGCCGCUCAGUCUCAAAUUCAAACGAGGACCACGACCAGUUCACGACAACCACCGCUACCGCCGUUGCAGAUUCUAUUUCGAAAUGGAAAACGUGGACGAACUCUUAUCUUCGUUAAUCUCAGACAUCCAUUCAUACACCGACAAAGACCCUCUUCUCCCAUGGCUUCGCGCGAUCCGAAAGAUAAAGGACACUCUUCCUCCAAAAAUCCUAAAGGAAAAACUACCGGCGUUCUUGCAGAAAUGCGUUCACACCUUCGAGCUCGAUCGACGUUACAGAAACGACAUGCGCUAUAUUCGAGUGUGGCUCCAUCUGAUGGAUUUUGUGAGUGAUCCAAAAACACUGUUGAGUACCAUGGAGGUUAAUCGCAUUGGGACAAAUCGUAGUGAAUUCUACCUAGCGUAUGCUCUUUACUACGAAAAGUGCAAGAAGUACGAUGAAGCAGAGAGAAUGUACCAUGUGGGAGUGAAGAAGCUUGCAGAGCCUCUAGAUAAAUUGCAGAAAUCAUAUGAACAAUUUCUUCAACGCAUGGAGCAGCGAAAAAAUAAUAAGAGAGCCCAGGCUAGUGAUAAAAACUUAAAUACUAAGAAGGAUGAGAGCAAAAAAUUUCGUGGUGAUGACACAGUUGUAGUAAAAUUUGUUGACACUGCCAUGGUUGGAAAGUCUGAAGCAGAAGAUGCAUGUCAUCAUGGAUUGGUGGAUCCUACAAUAAAUAUGAAGGAGGCCAUGAAUGCCAUCAACAGCAUGUUCCGGGAGCCAUUGGAGACUGUUCCAUUAGGCAGGAAAUCUCAUAAAAACCAUUCAAAAGAAAAUCGUAGUACAAAGAACGAGUUUGAGGUUUUUGUUGAUGAAAACUUGGAUCAUGGAAUCAAACCAUCCGGUUCUUUAUCACUUCAGAAAAGGACUGAAGCCAGCCAACCUCACCAAGAACCGCUCCAGAUAUACAUUGAUGGUGAAGAACAUUCUGAGACCAGUAAUACGAAUUUGUCUGAAGGUGGUUCUGCUUCAUCGACUUCGCAAUCAAAUGGCUUUGUUUUUCUCCGCCCCAGGGAUAUUACUUCCGAAAAAUCUAGUGACAUGGAUGCUGACAGCUGUCGUAAUUCAAAGUUCAGAGAGGAUACAGUCGUUUGCAAAUUUGUUGGUUCCACUAUUUUGGAUGAACCAGAGGUGGAAAAUGUUUGCCACCAUGGUUUAGUAGACCCCACCAUCAACUUGAAGGAAGCUAUGGAUGAUAUAAAUAACAUGUUUGGGAAACCAAUAGAUUUUGUUCGAAAAAGAAGAACCACCAAACAGGAGAAAGCACCCCAGAGCAACAGGGGAAAUGACUUUGGUGGGUUUUCAAUCCUUGCUGACGACGACCAUCUGGAACAACAAGUUCCACCACCACCCCCAAAAUUGCCUGGAAAGUCCAAGGAAUGUGAUUUGUUUGAGCCAACUCUCCUCACAAAGGAAGCCAUGGACGAUAUAAACAAAAUGUUUAACACGCCCCUGAAUUUUUAGUAAUAAGGUCAUUUUUUAGUGUCAAUUCUGAUUUCUAAUAUGUAAGCAGAAUUUGAUUCUGUUUGAAGUAUUUGAGUGAAAGGUUUCAGUUGUUGUACUGAUUUUUAUAACUUUUAUGAUACUUUCUAUGCGUAUGGAACUCAAA